UUCCGUCCGUGGGGGGAGCUGCGGCGGUGGCGGUGCAGGAGGCCGGGCAGGGGUGCGGAGGGACCGACGGACGCACGGGCGGGCGGCCGGGAGCCAUGGAGCGCGGCCCUGGGGCCCGGGGGCACGGGCCGGGGUGGGCUUCCCACGGCACGACAUGGAGACCUGUGGUUGCGAGGCUCCCUGGGGCUCGGCUUGGACCGCGAUGGGGCUGGGCCCUGGCCUCCUAACGGGGCUGCUGUCUGGGGCGGUAGCUGGGGGGGCGCUCUCCCCACUGCCCGCGACUCGGAGCACCCCCACCCUCCCCUGCCGGGCCAGGCCGGGCGGCGUUGUUGGCGGGGGCCCCGGUGGAGGCCCGGCCCGGGCGGCGCCCGCCAUGAACGGGCUGUCGCUGAGUGAGCUCUGCUGCCUCUUCUGCUGCCCGCCCUGCCCCGGCCGCAUCGCUGCCAAGCUCGCCUUCCUGCCGCCGGAGGCCACCUACUCCCUGGUGCCUGAGCCCGAGCCGGGGCCUGGUGGGGCCGGGGCCGCCCCCUUGGGGACCCUGCGGGCCUCCUCGGGCGCACCCGGGCGCUGGAAGCUGCACCUGACGGAGCGUGCCGACUUCCAGUACAGCCAGCGCGAGCUGGACACCAUCGAGGUCUUCCCCACCAAGAGCGCCCGCGGCAACCGCGUCUCCUGCAUGUAUGUUCGCUGCGUGCCUGGUGCCAGGUACACGGUCCUCUUCUCGCACGGCAAUGCCGUGGACCUGGGCCAGAUGAGCAGCUUCUACAUUGGCCUGGGCUCCCGCCUCCACUGCAACAUCUUCUCCUACGACUACUCCGGCUACGGUGCCAGCUCGGGCAGGCCUUCCGAGAGGAACCUCUAUGCCGACAUCGACGCCGCCUGGCAGGCCCUGCGCACCAGGGGCUCUCGGGCCUUUGGCCACAGACUGAAGACUGCAUUGUUUACUUCCCAACUUUCGAGGUUUUGGGACUCAGACUGAUGCACCACCGGCUUCCUUGCUCCUCAACGUGCAGAUGGCCUAUCAUGGGAAUUUAUCUUGUAAUCAUAAGAAGAAACUGAAGUUGGAAAGAUCAACAAGCUUACCUGAAGUCACAGGGCGGGAGAGUAAAGGAGCAGAAUUUUCAACCUAAGUUUAUAUGAUUCUAAAAUUUUCCACUACCAUGCUACUAAAAGAAAUUACUCAACUAGUUCUUCCUGUUCAGGUUCUAAUGGAGACUGAAGAUCCAUCACCUGCUCCACAUCUCCAGGGGGCCCAUGUGUGCAUCGCAGUGCAGAUCAUACAUGCUUCUUUCCCCUCCCAUGGCAAGGGGAAUACUGGAUGAUGACAACUCACAUGUGUAACCCAAGGGCUUUGCUUGGGUUUGCAAGGACUAGUGCACAAUACAUUCCUUGAGUGUUAUAAUAACAUUAAGUCAAUGCACGAAUUAUAAUCCCUAUUUCACAAGUACAAAAACACAUUCAAAGAAAUUAAAUUCCUUGCUCACCAAACAGUUAUUGACAAAAAUUACAAUAUUUAUGUUUCUUUUGAAAAAUAUUAUAAAGAUUCUCAAAUUGUUUAACCAAUCAUAUUAUCCGUAUUUGUCUCUUCUCAAGCUGCUAAUAAAGACAUACCCAAGACUGGGACAUUUAAAAAGGAAAAA